UUUCUAUUCUUGUAUAUAUAAUAUCGACCAACCUAUGUAAGAUAUUUAUUAUAUUAUGCAAGUACAUGCAUUAUUUAUAUCAUGAUGUUUUGAGUCACUAUUCUAUACAUUUACAGACAUAUAUCAUGAUUAUGUUUAUCUUGUCGUCUGCUAUUCUCGGGAUUCUAGAAAUUAUUCAAGUUCAUGCAGAACUAUCAUGUAUAGAGUGUGACCAUAUUGACUGGAACGAAACACUGACUCACACCAGUGCACACUAUAUCUACUUUCUGCUGCAAGAUAAAUAUAACCCCGCAUGCGCACUAGAAAACCCACGUGACAGGUACGAAUAUGAACAAUAUUUUCUACGGCUUCAGAAAGAGCAGCAGCAGCAACAACAACAACAACAACGUCAACAACAACAACAGCAGCAGCGUCUCACCUGGCAAAACUAUAAACAACGUUAUGAUGUAACAGUAUCGAUUUGCCACGUGCAAUGUACGUACGUAUUUGGCGACGUUGACGUUUAUCUUCAACCAUUUCAAGAAACCAUAAAGUUAAACAUGCACUGGAGAAGUUGUUUAAACAAGUUGACUGCGAUUACUGACGGUUGUUAUGAACGCGACACUAACAAUGGCUACAAGGAUAUUACUGCAAUUAUACACCGGAAGUUGCAGUUUCUAGGUGACGGGGUCGUUGGGGUCAAACGCUUUAAAGGUUAUCAAUGUUACUGUUCCAGUAAUUUUUGUUACCCGACUAGACAUUCAUCAUCAGACAAAUCUGCUAUAAGUUUAAGCCUUUUAAUUGUUUUAAAUGGAUAUUUUAUUAUAAAGUAGACAUUACUAAUGUUGCAUAACAACAAAAUA